AUGAAAGCCUCAUUCUCCGCCUUUUCACUCCCACUGCGCCGGCUCAACACGCGACCAUGGACGCCAGGGUGGACUUGCGCCACCUGCCGCACCCAAUUGAGCCGGCCUAAGUCGCCUUCGACUAUUACCUUCCGAGCAAAGUAUUCCUCGAGGGCCUGGACAAAUGGGAGGCCGAAUACUCGCAAUGGCCGAAAGGGUGUCCUCCUUCUCGCCUCGACAGGCGGCGCUGCAACAGCCGGCGUGCUAGCCUUUACCGACGAUAUCAAGUACGGAUACGAUGCUGCUGAGCGAGCUGGACGAGUCGCGGCGGCACUUGCUGUCUGCAUUAAUGAUUACCGCACAACCUUGAACCAGCGAGACUCCGAAUCUGACGAAGACAUCCGUUCCAAACUUUUGAGCGACUGCCAUACAAGAUGUGCCAGAAGGACUCUCAAGGUUCUGGAGAAGAAUGGAGGCAUCUUCAUCAAAUUAGGCCAACACUUGAGCGCAAUGAACUAUCUUCUACCGACAGAGUGGACGACUACCUUUAUCCCGCUCCAAGACAAAUGCCCCGUCUCGUCGUACGAAUCGAUCGAAAACAUGUUCCGCAAGGACACCGGCCAAGGGAUCCUCGACUUCUUCAGCGAGUUUUCUCUGGAGCCAAUCGGCGCUGCGUCACUGGCUCAAGUGCACACCGCAACAAUCAAGGAGACUGGGCAGCACGUAGCUGUCAAGGUUCAGCACCCAGAGCUUGCCCAGUGGGCGCUUCUUGACCUGGCCUUGACCAGGUUUACUUUCUCGAUGCUGAAGCGCUUCUUUCCCGAAUACGAUCUAGAGUGGCUCUCCUCCGAGAUGGACGUAUCUUUACCGAAGGAACUAGACUUUACAGAAGAGGCGGAGAACGCGAGGCGCACUCAGCAGCACUUUGCCCGUCUCCCGGAGCACCCUCUUGUGGUCCCUGAUGUCCUCUGGGCUAAGCAGCGCAUCCUUGUCAUGGCUCGCGAAUCCGGCCACCGCCUAGACGACCUGGAAUAUCUCGACGCCAAUGGUAUUGACCGUGAUGAGGUCUCGGCGUGCCUGGCACGCGUCUUCAACGAAAUGAUUUUUGGCGCUGGCGCUCCUCUUCAUUGCGAUCCUCAUGGUGGCAACCUCGCCAUUCGCAAAAACGACGCGCGCGGUCGCCGCGUUGGCGGUCACAAUUUUGACAUCAUCCUCUACGACCAUGGGCUGUAUCGCGAGAUCCCUCGUGACCUGCAGCGCUCCUAUGCGAAGAUGUGGCUGGCCGUCAUCGAUGGCGACAUGGACCGCAUGCGCCGUUACGCGAAGGAGGUAGCCCACAUCACUGACGAGCAGUUCCCGAUCUUUGCGUCCGCAAUCACGGGCCGCGACUUUGGCAUUCUCUCCGGAAAGAACGCCAGCGAUCAGGACGGCAAGGAUGCGGGCGCCUCCAUCUUGCAGACGCGUACCGCCGAUGAGAAGAAGGAGAUGGGGGAUGCUCUUUCCGAGGGCCUGCUAGCCGACCUUGUCCAGCUCCUGGGUCAGGUUCCGCGCAUCAUCCUCCUCAUUCUCAAGACGAACGAUCUCACACGUGCCCUUGAUGAGAACCUUCACACCCGCCAGGGUCCGAUCCGGACAUUCAUGAUCCUAGCACGUUACUGCACGCGCACCGUCUUCGAGGAGCAGGUCGAGGAGCUGAAGAAGCAGGGCUCUUUGUUUUGGCCGCCAAACACCAUUCGACUUGCCGCCGCCUGGGUCGGCUUCUUGCGCGUCGAGAUCAAGCUGGAAGCGUUUGAGCUCUGGCUGAGUGUCAAGAGGGCCCUGGGGUGGAAGAAUGCUGAAUUUGCCGGCCCUGGUCUUUGA